AUGCCUGAAGACUACAUGUCAAUGUUGCGGAGCCUGCCUGAUGAGGAGGCGAAAGUCAAAGGGCCUGCUGUUGGUGUUGCAACCGUUGACUUGGCCGUUACAACUGGGCCACCUCGUCACCUUGCCUCUGGUAUCCUUUACGGUAUACCUGAUAAGCCUGAUCAGAUCCCUGAGCGGUUUUACAAGGAGAUUGGUUUCAACUAUGGGCGAGGUGGAGGAUCUCAGCUUCCAAACACCAAAGGCUAUGCUGUCAAUAAUGAAGACUAUAAGGCAAGAUUCUCGUCAGCGUUGAGUAAUUACAACACAACGCGCAAGUAUGGAGGAGAGUUCAUCUACCUACUCCCUCCCCUUUGGGGAGCUGAUGGUGGCCAGUCUGAGACCUUCGAGUAUCCUGGUGACAAUAGUGACUGGAGACGCUGGGAUACCUUCUUAGAGCAGACACUCAAGGAUAUCCAAGACUCUGAUAUGUCAAAGGGCCUUGUCAUUGACAUCUGGAACGAGCCUGAUCUAAGCUUCUUCUGGGGUGCUUCCAAACAGCAGUGGCUGACUCUUUGGUCUCGCACUUUCAAGAAGGUCAAGGAAACACUCCCAUCAGUCAGGAUUGCAGGUCCAAGCAUAUCCGCAAUUCCAACCAUCAACCACGAAUGGUGGAACGACUUCCUGACCGAGUGCCUCGAAAACGACACUCUUCCUGAUCAAUGGUCAUGGCACAUGGAGAGUGGCAACGACUGCGAUACUAUGGCCGGAUCGAUGAAGACAUUCCACGAACUAUUGGCCAAAUUCGAUAUCCCUCUCGACAAAGCGCAGGACGUCAACAUCAACGAGUACGCUGUCUACGGCGAACAGGUCCCGUCUGCAGGGGCCUGGUGGAUCGCCGGUCUCGAACGCGAAAAUGCUCAUGGGCUGAGGGGUAACUGGGCAAUAGCUGGAGCUCUGCAUGACUUCUUGGCUGAUGGAGAAUACCGGAUUGACGGCGACGGAUACUGGCCUACAGCAGAGUAUCAAGUAUACAAAUACUACGGCUCCGAUAUGACAGGCGAACGCGUCAAGACCACGCCAACCCUAGACGGUUUCCUAGACGUCUACGCAACAAGAGACGCAAACGCCAUCCGCAUCCUUGCUGGAACUCGGUCCAGAUCUGGUGACUGGGCGAUUGAUGUGAUGGGCUUGCCUGAAAAUGUUGAAGUCAAGAUCAGAACUCUGGCAUUUGUAGUAGUUGACGAAGACAAGUUCAAGAGGGUUGACGGUCCUGAGAAUUUGGAGGAAACGUCGCGGGUUGUUGAAAAUGCUAGUUUGAGACUCAAAAUUGAGCAUAAAGACACAACGACGGCUUAUGCUUUCGAGGUCACGCUUCCGAUGGAAUAG